AUGGCUAUGGCUGUGAUCAUGAUAACAUGCAUAUGGAAAAAAUAACCAGAUUAAAACAUGGUAAAUUAUAUUAUAUUAUAAAGAUGGAUGAAAUUGACAUAUUUUGUAGAUGCUCUUGCAGGUCAUUUUUCUGUUAUUUCCAAAGAUUUAGUUUUAGAUAUAGAAAUUCCUAUUAGAGAUUAAAAUUUCACUAAGUUUUUAAGUAAAUACACUGUAUCUAAAACUUAUGGAAAUAUGUGCAUUACUUUAGCAAAAAAUAUAUAAAAUAAAUUUAAUUCACUUCGAUGUGGUACAAGUAGAGACAUUGUUUUUGAAAUUAACGAUACUAAAAAGAAAGUGGAUUCAAUUUAGGAUAUCGAAAAAGUCCUAGAUAUCUUUAAAAAAAUGCAAGAAUUUCAUUAUCUGAGAGUGAAUGCAGCAAAUUCUAUUCAAAAAGCAUUAAAAUAUGUUCAAGAAUAAGAUUAUGAAAAUAAUAAAUCAAUAUUAAAAGAUGCCUAAGAUAAGCUUUGA